AUGCCUACCCUUUCCACUUUUCUUUCGGUAUCGCUGCCUGUGAUUCUGGCUGCUCUAAUUUACCAGCUAGGGCUGCCGGCUUUCAUCAGCGAAUACAUACCAUCCACGUUGCUUCCAAAUCUCUUCGUACCCACAUACUGCUACAAGUCUGUCAGAACGCUUUCGUCGGAGUUUCCGCAUGCCGAGUGCUUUACCAUUCACGACGGCAGAUUCUCCAGUGUCUUCGUAGACAAUGCAGCCCCUGAUGCGGUCAAGGAAUCCCGCACAGGUUACGUGUACCCUGGUUUUUGGGAUGGUCACGGUCACUUGGUCCAGUUUGGAGAAUCUCUAGAUUCAGUGAGCCUCUUUGGCGCCGAUUCAAUGGACGAGAUCAAGAGGAGACUGUUGGAUAUACCUCCCGGAGGCGAAGUGCCGGCAAAGGGUGUCUUCUGCGACAAUGCCAUGGAUAUCGUACUGGAGUAUUACCCAAAGCCGACCCAAGCGCGCAAAACCGAGUUCAUUAAGACUGCGAUGGCAGAGUUAAACAAACAUGGUAUUGUCGGGAUGCACGACGCCGGUGUAGUGCCGGCAGAUUUGGAGCUAUACGAAGAGCUCGCGAACGACCCGGACUGGACUGUGAGAGUCAAUGCGAUGAUCGAAUGCGACGUCCGGAACACGUUUUGUCCCGGGGCAGUCAGGAAAGUUUCGACUCCGGAUGGCCGAUUCCAUGUGAACAGCGUCAAGCUUUUCGGAGAUGGGGCUUUGGGCUCCUGGGGCUCAGCUAUGAUCGAGCCGUACAGCGACAAACCGGAGUCCUCCGGCUCUUUACUCGUCAACGCGACUACGCUGUCACGUGUGACAUAUGAUUGGGCCGUAAAGGCAGGGUACCAAGUUAAUAUUCAUGCUAUUGGGGAUCUUGCUAACAGGCUUGCGGUUGACGCGUUUGAAGCGGCGUUGAAACGCUUGUGCCCCCACGCUAACCUCCGCGACUGUCAAGCUAAACGUCGUUUCCGCAUCGAGCACGCCCAAAUCAUCCAUCCAGAUGACCAGCGCAGGAUGUCAGAACUUGGUAUCAUUGCGUCAAUACAGCCCACGCACGCGACCUCGGAUAUGGGUUAUGCGGAGAGCAGGCUUGGCCAGCAACGAACAAAAGAUGAGGCGUACCGAAUGCGGUCGCUCUUACCACUUCGUCCAGUCCUCGGUAGCGACUUCCCAGUUGAACCCGCGAGUAUCUUCGAGGGAAUGUAUGCGGCAAUCACGCGACGAAGUCCACGUACAGGACUGGACCCUAGCGGUGGCAAGGCUGGCUGGUAUCCCGAAGAGAGUCUCACUUUCGAACAAGCUUUAGAGGGUUUUACGGUGAACGCUGCAUAUGGUGCCUUCUUAGAAGGCAAAGCUGGUGUCAUCGAAGCGGGGGCGUAUGCUGACUGGGUUGUUCUCGACGAACAACUUGAAUCGCUGGACCCAGAAGCAUUGAGGAAGGUGACAGUGAAAGAGACAAACAACAAAAAACACGUAUACUCGUACCUCAUCAUGACGACCAUCGAACGCAAGCCCACUGCGGAACUAUCCAAACCUACUACCCCUGUCGGGUCCCUUACCGUCACACCCCCAAUCACACCGAAUGCGACAAGUACCGCGGCGCAUCAGCUAGUUUCCGAGAUCAGGGACAUAUACACGGUACUCAACGAACUAUCGUCAUUAGCGCCGUCGGAUCAAGUCAACUCUCUCCUCACACGACUCGUAAACCUCUGCGUCGUACCUUACAGCGCAGAGUUUACGUCGUAUUUUUUCCGCAUACCUGCCGUAGAGAGCCUUUGCUCUAAUUUGCGACCGCUAUGUUCAGAAGCCGAGGGAGAGUUGGAGAAGUUCUGGGCAAAUCGCAUGCUCAACGACAUCAGCGGUACAACCACAACACCUGAGGAUAUUCUGACAACUUUCCCUUACCACCAAAAUUACGUCGAUCUCUCCCGCUUGGAAUGUUCUACCAUAGAAGCGUUCCUCCCCAGCCCACCGUCCAAAAUCGCUUUCAUCGGCUCCGGUCCAUUACCUCUGACCUCCCUCUGUUUCCUGGACCGCUAUCCUAAUGCGCAAGUUCAUAACGUGGAUCGCGAUGCCUCCGCGCUUCAAGUCAGCAAAUCGUUAUGUGAGCGGUUAGGCUAUGGCAAGCGCAUGAGUUUCGCUUGUGAAGACAUCACCGAGGUUUCGUCAAACGCCGAAUGGCAAUCGUGCCAGGUCGUCUUCCUUGCUGCGCUGGUUGGUACAGAUACGUACACGAAGCUCAACAUACUCAAAAGCAUGGUGAAAAAACUGGUGUCAGGUACAUUGGUGGUGGCGAGGAGCGCGCAGGGCAUGCGAAGUGUGUUGUAUCCGAUACUGGAACUGUCAGAAGAACUCCAAUCCAUCGGUGUCGAGAUUCUUGCUGAAGUACAUCCGUGGACUAAAGUCGUUAAUUCGGUCAUCGUUCUACGCGUGAAAUGA